GAGGUUAAGUACCACGUUUGUCUUCAAUCAGAAUAUCAGAUAGCCAUAGAAGGUUUGAGGCCACCAAGAGAAAGCUUUGCCUUGAACACACCGAACUCUAAUCUCAGCGACAACUGCCAUCCGAGGACAUGAGCUUACAAAAGGCGUCGGACAUUAUUCAUUCACGAAGAACAUGCGUGGCUUGUCUCUUCCUCUAACUCCGGACCCUUCUCCUCUCUGUUUCUUCAAUCUGUCCCCGAUAUCUCCUCUUAGAAGAUCUUCUCUAUUCCGAUUACAAAAUCAUGCGAAUUUCUCAAUACCCAUUUGCAGAUACAGCUCGAUUCAUGCAUUUAAUGUGUUCUUGCGCUCUAGAAGGUCCUCAACGCCAAGUUUAUGGGCCUUAAAGAGAAAAAGCAGGAAUUUUGUUGUAAGGGCGAGUCGCAGAGAAUCUCCUUACGAAGUUCUUGGCGUUUCCCCUUCUGCUUCUGCGGGUGAAAUCAAGAGGGCUUAUCGGAAACUAGCUCUCAAGUAUCAUCCUGAUGUCAAUAAGGAGGCAAAUGCACAGGAGAAGUUUAUGAGAAUUAAACAUGCAUACAAUACGCUCCUGAAUUCAGAAUCACGCAGGAAGUACGAUGCUGGAAGUCGCGGAUCUGAUUUUUCCUAUUCUUCUGCUCAAAGAAGUAGGGUUUCACAAGAGGAAGAAGAGUUUUACGGAUUCGGUAAUUUUUUGAGAGAUGUUCAAAUAACAAUAGAGGACUUCUUCAGGGAUCUUCAAGAAGAAUUCAAGAACUGGGAGGAAAAUUCAUCGAAAGGAAAGCCAAAAAGCCUGUGGGAGGAAUUGGCGGAAAUUGGAGAAGAGUUUGUAGAAUUUCUCGAGAAGGAACUCAAUGUAUCAGAUAGCGAGACCGAAACCUAUAAUUACGAUGCAGGGCCUCAGAGUCGUGAUACUUCAGCAAGUCCUGGGACAGAGAAAACUGAAGCAGGCAAAGGAAGCAGCAUUGAGGACGACAUAGAUGAGAUAGAAGCCACUCUUGCUCGGUUAAAGAAGGAAUUGGGUUUGUAGUAGGGUCAACUUUUUGUUUGAAGAAUUCAUUAUCGAAGGAUAAAUGUUGUCACUCUAAAUAUUCUAGAGAAAUGGGUGAUUUCAGCUCUUAAACACCAGCAAGUGUCAAGUGGCCAUCGCAAAAGUCUCAUGAUUCUAUUCAUUUCUGGACAGUUACAGAUAGAAGUUGGCCUCCACUGAUUUCAAAUUGCCAAGAGGCAGAUCUUACAAUGCUGGCGAAAGCGUUAUUCUUUACUCUCAUUGCUCAUCAUUUUUGUCGGCUGUAGAAAAUAUUGAAUGCUACCACAACAAUAAUCGCUUGGAAUGAUGCUAUGACCUCUUACAUCUGUUUUUGUAAUCUUUUUUACUGUUGCAAUGAAAUCUCACGAGCUUGUUAAACAAUUUAUACUGGAAAAUAUAAAUAUCCUCUUCCGGAUUCAACAAUAGGCACUGACAA